GUUUCAUUGGAUUCUAAUAACCAUAUCCAUUCUUCAUCAUCCCAUCCAAAAUUUCCAUUUUUCCACCACUUAAACAUAAAAAGAGUAAAAAAUAUUCUAGGCUAUUAUGCUAGAGAAUUGAAUGUAUACAUAUAUAAUAACUGUUUUGUUACUCCCAUUCUCUUGUUUCAAUCUUUAUUGAAUUCUGCAAUGCCAGGAACAAUCAUGGUUUCAGUACUUGAAUUCAUGGAUCUUCCAUUUUCUUCAUCAACAUCCAUAAGGGCUUCCUUGGGGAAAAUUGAGUACCAAAUUAGUGACAAAGGAAACUUUUCAUUCCCCUUAACUAGUCUUCGUGAUGAUUUGAUUUUUAAAAUUCAGGAUGCUGAGGGGAAGGAAAUAUCGCGUGCAGGAGUACAUAUCAGGUUGAUAUUAGAGAAAGGUGUUUGGGAAGACAUGUUUCCACUUGGGGAAGGACAGCUGCAUUUGAAGCUGCAAGUUGUACUUAGCGAUGAAGAGCGCGACAGAAUUCGUAUGAUGAGACAAUCUGCAUUAAAGAAAAAACAAGAUGAACUUCUUAGUAUUGGUCAAAGAGAUGCAGAAAGUAACAGUAGUAGCAUGAUUAUUGGCAAUGCAGCAUUACCUUUCAACACUUCUGAUGAGGUCUCAGAAUCAUCGCCAAAGCAACACCUUCAACAUGAAGCGGUUUCCCAAAUACAAAGUCCCGUUGCUUCCUCCAAUGACGACAAAGAAAGUUCCGCUAGAAAUGUUGUUGAGGCUCAGCCUGAACAGCAACAACAGAUAAAAUCAAACGUUGCAGAUCAAUAUAAGAAGACAUCAACAACAAAACCUGUGUCACAAGCAGUUAGUAUCAUAAAAUUACAGGACAUAGGUAAGAAGCCUGCCAAUCAAUCACCACCUAAGAAACAUCCUCAAAGAGUUACUAGCUCAGAAGAAUUGGUGAAUUUGUUGAGCUCAGAAAAAAUUAAGGUUGUGAGAAAUAAUCUGGUACAAAAUAAUCUAGAGGAUGAUGGUCUUCAAAACACUGAGAAGAAAGUUCCACCAAGGAGAACUCCUAGCAAUGUGAUGAAAAUGAUUAGUGCUUUUGAAAGUGGUAUGCCUAAGGAUAUGAGGCCUCAUAUUAAACCACCUCCAACAAAAUAUCAAGUGAUUCCAAUUGAAAAGAAAGACUCUUCUGAGACUCGGAAAUUCGAGCAAGAUACAUUGAACAUAGAACCAAGAGGCUUCUACCAAGAAAAGGCGAAAAGCACCUCUUUGGUAAGAAACAUGCAACAGGUUCCAGAACAUAUUGGAGAAAGUAAAGAGCAAAUUAAUACACUGAACAGAAAAACAGAUUCAAAUUUAAGAAAUACAGAUCAAGAAGAAGAGACAAAUAACAAAGUUUCAUGUAGUAGAGAUCAAGAGGAAGAGAAAAAUAACAGAAAUUUGAUGGCAACAUCUACAUUUGAAACAGUUAAGAGGCCUUUGAAAGAAGAGAAAAGAAGAGACAAAGACUCUGAAGUUACAUAUGAAUCAUGUAUUGAGAAGGACUUAGAUAACAACUAUUACUCUUUUGAAAGUUCUGAGGCAAUGAUAUUCCAAAAAAUAAAAAAUAUUGAGAAGAAUGAAGCAUAUAUUGAAACUGGAAUUGAGGAGAGCAAGUAUGAAAGAAUAGAGAACAUUGAAGAAUCUAAAACCAAUACUUCUGAUGAUGAUAAUGGAGAUGAAAAUUCUGGUGGUCCAUUUAAUCAGGUAAUAAAAGUUGCAAUCAUUAUAGGGUUUGGAUUACUUGUUCUCCUUACAAGACAAAGAAAAAAGAGAAGGAAGGAGAAGAGUUCCAAAGAAUGAGUUCAACAAACCUCAAAUUAUUCGUCUUUCGAA